UUUCCCACUAUGUUUAGUUGUGAUUGGAUCAUUGUAGACUUUUUUUCUGUCAUUUUUUUGUGGUUAAAGAUUUAAAUUUGUUAUGGAGACAAGCUUUACAGUUGACCAAUGAUUAGCUAAUUUCUGAUAAUAGAAAAGGAAACAGAUUGCCCCAAGGCUGCUGUUUUCAUUUCCUCAUGGGAGGAAGAAGCAUAGCAGAGAAGAAAGGCACACUCGAGGCACUGAACCUCUGCCACCAUGGGGAACUUGUUUGUGAAUGAGGGCCUCUCCAUCUUUGUCGUUCUGGUAUGGCUGGGCAUGAACGUCUUCCUCUUUGUCUGGUACUACCGGGUUUAUGAUAUUCCAGAUAAGUUCUUCUACACUCGAAAACUUCUUGGGUCAGCGCUGGCACUGGCCAGGGCCCCUGCAGCCUGCCUCAAUUUCAACUGCAUGCUGAUUCUACUGCCAGUCUGUCGAAAUCUGCUGUCUUUCCUCAGGGGUUCCAGUGCGUGCUGCUCAACAAGAAUUCGAAGACAACUGGACAGGAACCUCACCUUUCAUAAAAUGGUGGCAUGGAUGAUUGCACUUCACACUGCGAUUCACACCAUCGCACAUCUAUUUAAUGUGGAGUGGUGUGUCAAUGCCCGAGUCAACAAUUCUGACCCUUAUUCAAUAGCACUCUCUGACAUUGGAGAUAAGCCCAAUGAAACUUACCUCAAUUUUGCUCGACAAAGAAUUAAGAAUCCUGAAGGAGGCCUGUACGUGGCUGUGACUAAGUUGGCAGGCAUCACUGGAGUUAUCAUCACACUCUGCCUCAUAUUAAUUAUCACCUCCUCCACCAAAACCAUCAGGAGGUCUUACUUUGAAGUGUUUUGGUACACACACCAUCUCUUUGUGAUCUUCUUCAUUGGUCUCGCCAUCCAUGGAGCUGAGCAAAUUGUACGUGGGCAAACCGCACAGAGUUUGUUGGUACACAAGCCAAGAGAAUGUUAUCAAAACAUCUCACAAUGGGGAAAAAUAAAGGAAUGCCCAAUCCCAAAGUUCUCUGGGAACCCUCCUAUGACUUGGAAAUGGAUAGUGGGUCCCAUGUUCCUAUAUCUCUGUGAGAGGUUGGUACGGUUUUGGCGAUCUCAACAGAAGGUGGUCAUCACCAAGGUAGUCACUCACCCUUUCAAAACCAUCGAGCUACAGAUGAAGAAAAAGGGAUUCAAGAUGGAGGUGGGCCAAUACAUUUUCGUCAAGUGCCCUGUGGUGUCCAGGCUGGAGUGGCACCCUUUCACCCUGACCUCUGCCCCUGAGGAAGACUUCUUUAGCAUCCAUAUCCGCAUCGUGGGGGACUGGACGGAGGGACUGUUCAAAGCUUGUGGCUGUGAUAAGCAGGAGUUUCAAGAUGCCUGGAAACUACCGAAGAUAGCUGUUGACGGGCCCUUCGGCACCGCCAGUGAAGAUGUGUUCAGUUACGAGGUGGUGAUGUUGGUGGGAGCAGGAAUUGGGGUCACGCCCUUUGCAUCCAUUCUCAAGUCGAUCUGGUACAAAUAUUGCAAUAAAGCCCCUAAUCUGAGGCUCAAAAAGAUCUACUUCUACUGGCUGUGCCGGGACACACAUGCCUUUGAGUGGUUUGCAGACCUGCUGCAGCUGCUGGAGACCCAGAUGCAGGAGAAGGACAACGCCGGCUUCCUCAGCUACAACAUCUACCUCACUGGCUGGGAUGAGUCGCAGGCCAGUCACUUUGCUGUGCACCAUGACGAGGAGAAAGAUGUGAUCACAGGCCUGAAACAAAAGACCUUGUAUGGACGGCCCAACUGGGAUAAUGAGUUCAAGACCAUUGGGAGUCAACAACCCAAUACCAGAAUAGGAGUUUUCCUCUGUGGACCGGAAACCUUGGCUGAAACCCUCAAUAAACAGUGCAUCUCCAACUCCGACUCUGGCCCCAGAGGAGUGCAUUUCAUUUUCAAUAAGGAAAAUUUCUAACUGGUCUCUCCCAUGAGGAAAUAAAUGUGGGUUGUACCGCCAAAUGCCCCAAUAAUGCUAGUUGAUAAUAUAAGUUCCCUCCUU